AUGGAGCUGUUGGCCUGUACAUUCCUGAUUCAAGCUCAUCUCUCUGAGAGUAUCACAGGUCCGAGCUGCAGCUGCAACAAAAAAGUAACAUUCAUAGUUUGCCAUCCCUGCAAGCUAGGUACCCAUUUACUCCUGCCUGAUGUCAAGUCGCCCGUCGAUGACCUUUCGCCUCAACACUUCGCUGCUGAUCCUGCGGUCUCAAAGUUCAAAGUUCACGCUCAGACCAGUCAGGAGUUCCCCAAUGACCCCCAAGCUGACCAAGAAGCGAUAGAUAGCAUUGAAAAGGAUUAUUUCAAUGGAGAUGACUUUGACGCAAGUCGCGCUGAAUUGGAUAAACUCCCUGAUGUUCUUGAGCUUCAAGCGAUUGAUCAGGACAGGAGCAAACUACGCGGUCAGCUCCGGGCCGUCUCCAAGAAGGUGUCUGAGUUAGUCCUGGAGAACCACCCCGCAUAUGCUGCGGAGUUGAUCCGAGUCAUGGAGUUACAGCAGUCACUCCAGACGGCAAGCGUUGUCUGCGCGAAUGGCAGAAGGUAUUUGUCCAAUGCGAAAGAGGACUUCACCACAGCCAGCCUGGGCCUCCUUGCCAACUAUAGGAAGAGACAGCAGUUGGUUGGACUUCUCAAAUCGCUGAAGACCAUCAAAACUCUGCAAAGGACAGACAUCCGACUUCGUGAGAUGUUGGAAGAGGAGGAUUAUCCUGGAGCCAUCCAGUUGUGUUUAGAGUGUCAAAAAGCUGCAAGCACAUUCAGGCACUUCCAUUGCAUCAGUGAGCUGAGUUCAAAACUCAAGGACACUUUGGAAAUGAUCGAAGAGGCGCUGGAUGUGGCUCUGUCUAAAACAUGUAACAACUUUGAUACGCGUCAUUACGAGAAGGUCCAGACUGCUUAUAGGCUGCUGGGAAAAACACAGACUGCCAUGGACCAGCUGAAUAUGCACUUUGCUAGCGCCAUUCAUAACACCGCGUUCACAAUCGUCAUCGGUUAUGUUGAACUCUGCUCAGGGACGGAAGACAGCAACUUUCAGAAAAGACAAUAUCUGGAUUUAUGCGAGCACAUCAGUCCGGACUUGUUUACACCAUGUCUGAUUGACUUGUGCAAGGCAUUAUGGGAAGUCAUGAAGAGUUAUUAUCAGACGAUGUUAUGGCAUGAAAAACAUGACUUGGAGCCGACGGAUCAAGAGUCUGGCAGCAGCAAUGUUGAAGCUGCAUUCAAUCGGCGUUACAUCAAGCAGAAGCUGGAACAUGGUCUUGGGCGGAUAUGGCAGGAUGUCCAGCAAAAAGUUCGACUAUAUGUGCUUAAGACUGAUCUAUCAUACUUCAAGUUUGAUGAGUUUAUCAAAGUUUUAGAUUUGCUGAAUAGGCUCAUAGAAAUUGGCGAAGAAUUCUGUGGUAGUAAAUCCGAGGCUUUACAGGAAUCGAUACGAACGCAAAGUCUGAACUAUUUCAAGAGUUACCACCGGGCGCGGAUGGACGAGCUGCGCAUGUUCCUGGAGAAUGAGGGAUGGGAACUCUGUCCGGUCAAAUCCAGUUUCGCUACGACUCAGUUGCAGGAGUUUCGUUUCUUGCGACAUAAGUGUAAUAAGAUGAGUCCGGCUGGUCAAACCAUCUCCUCCCAGUCUGUUGACCCUGAGAAACCGGUCCGGCCAAAUUACGGCUAUUUCCAAAAAUAUCUCGAUGUCGGGAAUCCUUUUGAUGUUCAGAUCGAGGAUGAGGAGACUGAAGACGUUUUGGCGACCAACGGGUAUGGAGGUGGGCAAGGCCGCCAAAACUCGAUGGAAGAGAUUGAAAGUGACAGUGAUGAGGAUGUCCCUGACGAACUGAAACAGGGCUUCAUUGAUGAGAAUACGGGUGACACGCCGAGUAGGCCAAUGUAUCGACGACGGAAACUCAGUAAUAAAUCUGGUGCAAGGCUCCCUCCAAUUAUCACCAACACAACUCUCACUCUGCUCAGGCUUUUUGGUUAA